GUGGGUUAUGAAAUCACCUAUGAGAUAGAAACCGAAAAUCCAUCAUUUGACAAUUAUCCAACCAUAUCUUAUUUAGAUUAUAAUAUCAUACGUGCACCAUCUGGAUAUCUGAUAUCCUUGUAUCGGAAAAAACAACAGUCAAUGAGGAUACUGCACUAUACGUCACAUAUCUCCUUCCAAGUCAAAAGAUCAACUUUACUUUAUCAUUUACGACGUAUUAUUUAUAGAACUAGUAUAGAGUACUUAGAACGGGAUCUAUAUAAUUGUAUAACACAAAUCCUGAUAAAUGCUUAUCCAUACGCAAUGAUCCAAGAUGUGCUACAUCAUAUCUCCAUAUCGUAUAUGCAACAAAGUUCUAGAUACAUCCAAAAGCCAACAUACGCACGUUAUCAAUUGAAAACUAAAUAUAUAAGAACAUCAUCCUAUCCUGGUUUGCAAGAUAAACGUCCGCGUCCACGUCGAUAUAGGAGAAGCCUUGUAUUCAGCUGCGACGAAAUAUCAAAAAUACUUAUGCAAACAACAAAUAUCUUCCAUAAGGAGAUUCAACCUUUCUCACGCUCUGAAACAUUAUAUACCAUGCUAAACAUGUCCUUACGAUCUAUUUCUUCUUCUACAACUACUAUAACUCCGCGUCACCAUAUACUAAUGGUCAGUUGUCAAAUAUGCGGAAUAGGAAUCUUUUGUACCGGCAAAGGUAAUCCCACUGAAAUCAUAGAAGAUAUAUGUCGGGAUCCACAGUCACCUAUCUCAAUUCAUAUGGGCUUAUACCAGCAUAAUGGAAUAACACGUUAUGUCAAAUUGCCAAUCAAUACUGAUAUGCAAAUACAAGAUCAACUAUAUAUCUAUCAACAAAUAUAUCGAUCAAUGGGCAUAGAGUGGAAUAGUUCACAAAAAUACAAUAUAAUCCCGCGUUUUAUAGUACUUGGAUUGAAAGCAUAUUUAGAGAAGGUACCAACAAAAUUACCUAUUGAGCGGCAAAAUCGACGCAAAUUAAUAACUCUAAAUAGAUUAUCCACACCUAAACUUGUAACUUGA